AGAGAGGAAGUGCAGACAUGAAACUGUCGGUGUGUCUGUCUGUCUUUCUGUCAAUCAGUGGGGGGACAGGAUGCAUGCAACACCUUUCUGCCUAAUGCUGUCCUGUCUUCGGGUCAGCCCUGACAGGUCUCAGUUCUUCAGGUACGACUCCAUCUCUCUGAGGUGUGAAGACCAGUUGAACUCCACUGGAUCAAAGGUAAAGAGGAACACGUCGGAGGGCUGGACCACAACCUGCGGGUUUGGCUGGGGCGGUACCUCCUCGGACUCAACUUGCAUCAUCGGAAACACCUACCCGUCUGACAGUGGGGUGUACUGGUGUGAGUCAGGAGACAUGAAGAGGAGCAACAAUGUUAACAUCACCAUCACUGAUCGUGCUGUGCUACUGGACAGUCCCGCCCUCCCUGUGUUGGAGGGAGCCACAGUGAUUCUGCGCUGCAAAGCUGAAACGGAUUCCUCCGACCACAGGUUUAAUUUCUAUAAAGAUGGCCGCUCCAUCAGCAACUAUUCAACAGGAGAGAUUACCAUUCAUAGUGCUUCCAAAUCGGAUGAAGGACUCUACAAGUGCAGUAUCUCUGGAGGUGGAGAAUCACUGGGCAGCUGGCUGACUGUUGAAGCUUCUCUGCCACCUUCACCUGCAGCUCCGUCUGCAGCUACCAGUUCAGUUUCUGUCCCCAGACUGAUGUGUCACCUGCUGGUGGGAACUCCUUACCUGCUAUCCACCAUCUUACUGGGACUCAUAUACAGAGACCGAAAUAGAGCAGCACAGAUGGUUGCAGAGAGAAGAGGCAGCAACGACGUCAUCAUGGAAAUAAUUGUAUAGUCUGACAAACAGGAUGAAGAUCAGUUCUUACCACCUUACCACUUCUGCAGUGUUCAAUGGCAGCAGAACUUGCCAUUAGAGACUGCAGUGACAAUCAAAAAGGUCUAUAAAGCCUUGUGACCUCUGGACAAAUUGAAACUUUCAUGACCACUGAAUCCUGCCAAGAAGACGCUUUGAUGUGUUCUGUUAUCUUUAAAAUACAAUGAUGACAUACUAAUUCAGAUAAAAAUAAAGCAAAUUUAUGUUA